AUGCGUAAAUCGUGUGAAAUUGCUCUGAAAGAAGGAAUAAUAGCAAUAAAAGUUAAUCAUGGGAACUGCUGCUGGUGUCAUUCUCUUGCACGUGUGCGACGUAUAUGGCGUGCAUCGGAGCAACCAAUACAUUCACGGCUCCUCGGCAAAGUAUUUUCUGUAAUUUCUUCAUUACCUCCCAUACGAAAAAGGUUUGAAAAAGAGUUGGGUUACACUCGGCAGAAAAUUUUCCGCGAAAUCCACAAAUGUGAUAAUACCGGUCUUUUUUUUUGGACGCUUCCUGAAAGCGGCAUGGAUAGUGCAGAAAUUAUUGGUGUAGCAGAACAAUAUAACGCAAUGACAGAGCUCGAUGUUAUAGCGGGUAAAGUGAGUGGCGCCGUAUACACCGAUCGGGACAGGGAACAAAGUGAUCUACUUUCAAAAAUAUUUGACAUUUAUGCAUUUGCAAAUCCACUUCAUCCGGAUAUCUUUGCCGGAUGUCGGAAAAUGGAAGCUGAGGUUGUUCAUAUUGUUGCAAACUUAUUUCAUGGAGGACCAAACUGUCGUGGAACGGUAACAUCUGGUGGAACUGAGUCAAUUUUAUUGGCAAUGCUUUCCUACCGUAACUAUGCAAUUGUUAAGGGUAUAUCGGAACCAGAAAUGUUAGUCCCGGUCACUGCACAUGCAGCAUUUGACAAGGCAGCACAUUUAUUUGGUAUGCGAAUACGACAUGUACCUGUUGGGAAUGAUCAAAAAGUUGAUAUAGAUAGAAUGAAACAAGCUGUAUCUAGUGAUACAUGUGUUCUGGUUGGGUCAGCACCAAACUUUCCAACUGGUACAAUGGAUGACAUUGAACAAAUCGCACAACUUGGGCAAAGGUAUGAUAUUCCCGUACAUGUUGAUGCAUGUUUAGGUGGUUUCUUGAUAGCUUUUAUGGAACAAUGUGGCUAUCCGUUACCGCCAUUUGAUUUUCGUGUGCCUGGCGUUACAUCAAUAUCAUGUGAUACACAUAAGUAUGGCUAUGCUCCAAAAGGAUCCUCAGUGAUACUUUAUCGGGAAGGAAAGUAUUUACAUCAUCAAUACAUGUGCUUUCCAGAAUGGACGGGGGGUAUAUAUGCUACACCGACUUUUGCAGGAAGUCGUUCUGGUCUAGCAAUAUCAUUAGCUUGGGCUACUUUGCUUUCUUUUGGACGUUCUGGUUAUGUGCAGCGAACAAAGGAAAUCAUUCAGUGUGCUCGUCGGAUUAGUUCUGCCAUUAUGAGUCUUAGUUUGCUUAAAAAAUCCGGACUUCUAGAAUCCAAAAUACCUUCAUCUUUAAAAAUUGACAACUUUGAAUUUUGUGCAAACUCAACGUUUACUAGUGAUGUUUUCAAUAUUUAUGCCCUCGUGGAUGGUAUGUCUGCUCUUGGAUGGAAUUUGAAUUCUAUCCAAAAUCCUGCUGGAGCACACAUUUGUGUUACUUAUAACACGGUACUUGCUAAUGCAUGGCGAACAUUCAUAGAUGAUUUACGAAAAGUUGCUUUUACUCUGAUGAAUGAUCCAGACGAAGGAAAACAUUCAAAUAUGGCUGUUAUAUAUGGUCUUGCAGCAACUAUUCCGGAUAAACAGCUUAUCAAUGAUUUAGCUUAUUGUUACCUAGAUGCAUGUUACACCGCGCCGUCGCUGGAAGUUUCCAAAAUUUGA